AUGGCAAGCCAGAACUCAACUUCCCGACUCAUGCCGACUUCGACGACGAGUGGUACUAUGUACAAAUUGAGCCACAACAGCAGCCGUGGUACUCUCAGUGCUGACAAUUCUCACCACAAUGCCGCUCCCACGGCCAGCCGCACCAGCUUGGUUCCCCCAGGCGCCCACCAAGAGCAGGCUUAUUCAACGCUCAUCUCGGAAUCCGAGGGUCCUGGUCCGGCUGGGUUUAUUCACGAGGCUGUUGUGCCCCAACCGCCACCUGAAUGGCAGCCGUUCGGAUACCCCCUGGCGCACGCGAUCUGCCUGGUGACAUGUUACUCCGAAGGUGAAGACGGAAUUCGGACCACGCUGGACUCGAUCGCCAUGACCGACUAUCCCAACAGUCAUAAAGCUAUCCUUGUCAUCUGUGACGGUGUCAUCAAGGGUAAAGGCGAAGAGUUCUCGACUCCGGAUAUCGUGUUGGGUAUGAUGCAUGACCAUGUGGUUCCGCCCGAGGAUGUUCAGCCAUUUUCCUACGUGGCUGUGGCUACCGGCUCCAAACGGCACAACAUGUCCAAGGUCUAUUCUGGAUUCUACGACUAUGGCAACCACUCUGUCAUCCCUCUGGAGAAGCAGCAGCGCGUCCCCAUGAUGGUGAUUGUCAAGUGCGGCACCCCGGAGGAAGCCACCCAGGCCAAACCGGGCAACCGAGGCAAGCGAGACAGCCAGAUUAUUUUGAUGUCGUUCCUGCAGAAGGUCAUGUUCGAUGAGCGAAUGACCGAGCUGGAAUUCGAAAUGUUCAACGGUCUCUGGAAUGUGACUGGGAUUCCUCCGGAUUUCUACGAGGUGGUUCUGAUGGUCGACGCCGAUACCAAAGUGUUCCCGGACAGCUUGACGCACAUGGUGUCGGCUAUGGUCAAGGAUCCGGAAAUCAUGGGUCUCUGCGGAGAGACCAAAAUCGCUAACAAAACCGACAGCUGGGUGACGAUGAUCCAGGUGUUCGAGUACUUCAUUUCCCAUCACCAAGCCAAGUCUUUCGAGUCCGUCUUCGGCGGUGUCACCUGUCUGCCGGGCUGUUUCUCCAUGUACCGCAUCAAGGCCCCCAAGGGUGGCCAGAACUACUGGGUGCCCAUCCUGGCCAACCCGGACAUCGUUGAGCACUAUUCUGAGAAUGUUGUCGACACCCUGCACAAGAAAAAUCUGUUGCUUCUCGGUGAGGAUCGGUACUUGACCACGCUCAUGCUCAAGACCUUCCCGAAGCGCAAGCAGAUUUUCGUUCCCCAGGCUGUGUGCAAGACGGUUGUGCCCGACAAGUUCAUGGUUCUGCUGUCUCAGCGCCGCCGCUGGAUCAACAGUACCGUGCACAACCUGAUGGAGCUGGUGCUGGUCCGCGAUCUGUGCGGUACAUUCUGCUUCAGCAUGCAGUUCGUCAUUUUCGUUGAGCUGGUGGGAACGCUGGUGCUCCCCGCCGCCAUCGCCUUCACUUUCUACGUUGUCAUUCAUUCCAUCAUCCACCAACCCGUGCAAAUCAUUCCCUUGGUACUGCUGGGCCUCAUUCUGGGUCUACCCGGUCUACUGAUUGUCGUGACCGCCCACCGCCUUGUCUACGUCUUAUGGAUGCUCAUCUACCUGGUUUCGCUGCCUAUUUGGAACUUUGUCCUGCCCACGUACUCGUUCUGGAAGUUCGAUGACUUCAGCUGGGGCGACACGCGCAAGACAGCGGGUGAGAAGGACAAGGGCCACGGGGCGGAAGAGGGCGAGUUCGACAGCACCAAGAUUACGAUGAAGCGGUGGCGUGAUUUCGAAAAGGGUGAGUCCCCCCGCCGUCUUUGUUUGGGUUCUCGGCUAACGUUUUAUAGAACGCCGCCUGCGCACCUUCAGUGCCUUCCCACCACCGCAUGCCCCGGCCACCGGGUAUCCGUCUCACUACGAGACCUAUUCUGA